AUGCACUUAGUCCCAGCCAGCCCGGAACUACAGGUUGGAGCACGGCGUUUCCUGAUCGCCCUCACUGACGAUCACUUCCGCCCACGGGCCUGGAAUACCCGUAGGCCCUUUGGCGGCGAACUGAAGGAAAGACACUUCCGGUAUCUGUUGCCUAGGCGCUGGCCCGGUGGGCCUGAGGGAAGCGACGUUAUUGGCGUCGUCUUCCCCACCCCCAUCUUCCUGGGGGUCGAGAUGUCUGGGCUUAGUCAUGCAGAGAUGGAGGGCUGUCGUAACCUGCUCGGCCUGCUGAACAACGACGAAAUCCUGGCCCUAUGUGACACCAUCACCAACCGCCUAGUGCAGCCUGAAGACCGCCAAGAUGCCAUUCGUGCAAUAUUAGUGUACAGUCAAAGUGUAGAAGAACUUUUGAAACGUAAAAAAGUCCACCGUGAAGUCAUAUUUAAAUACUUGGCAACACAAGGGGUUAUUAUACCUCCAGCUACAGAAAAACACAAUCUUAUUCAGCAUGCAAAGGAUUACUGGAAAAAACAAUUACACUGGAAAUUGAAGGAAACACCAGAGCCAGUUAAGACAGAGGACGUUAGACUCUUUGAACAGCAGGAAAAAGAAGAUAAAAAAGCUGAAAAGAUUGAUUUUCGUCGAUUAGGUGAAGAAUUCUGUCACUGGUUCUUUGAACUUCUUAAUUCUCAGAAUCCUUUUCUGGGACCACCUCAAGAUGAAUGGGGGCCACAGCACUUCUGGCAUGAUGUCAAGCUUAGGUUUUAUUAUAACACAUCUGAACAAAAUGUGAUAGACUACCAUGGAGCAGAAAUUGUGAGCCUUCGUUUGCUGUCACUAGUGAAAGAAGAAUAUCUUUUUCUCAGUCCCAACCUAGAUUCCCAUGGACUGAAAUGUGCUUCUUCUCCCCAUGGUCUAGUUAUGGUUGGAGUUGCUGGGACUGUCCACCGAGGGAACACUUGUUUGGGCAUUUUUGAACAAAUUUUUGGACUCAUCCGCUGCCCUUUUGUGGAGAAUACUUGGAAAAUCAAAUUUAUCAACCUGAGAAUUAUUGGAGAGAGUUCCCUUGCUCCUGGAACAUUAACGAAACCAGCUAUUACACUUGAACCAAGCGAUCUAGAAGCCUUUUAUGAUAUAAACAGUUUAUGUGGUCCAGUGAAGUACGACUUGUAAGGCAGGCAUUGGAUAGUGGGACUGGAGACCAAGCUUUAUCUAGUGGAAAUGAGGCAGUGUUGAACAAAAGAAAACUAAUUUUACCCAGCCCUUAAAGCAUUGAGUACUGUAUGUCAGUCUGAAAAAUCUAUACAGAAAUUCUUCCAAAUACUACAUCAGUAAUGUCUAAGUGAUUUCAGAUUCGGGGAUUGACAUAUUUUAGUUGAAAUGUCUUUAUUGACAACAGGCCAACAUAUUUUGUGAAUACUUGCCUCUUUCUACCUGAGCUGCAGCAAAUGUUUGAAAGUUUCAUCCAAUUUGUCAAAUAAAUCCUACUUUAGAUGUUAUAACUACGGUGUGCCUUAGAAACCAGUUAAUAUUUUCCUUGUACUUACUGGAUAUUCUCCUAAUAUCUGUACUUUUCAUGUGGGGGAAAAAAUUGUGUUCAAGGCUUCCCCUUUUAAGUUUCUCUUAGUUACUCUUACCUAAAUCUGGAUAAUUUGACAAAUGCAUCUUACAACAUUAUUGCUUAAGAAGUAAUACAUAUUUUAGAGAUGUUUAAUGUAAACUCACUUCUCAUUUUAGAAACCUUGAAUGACAUAAAAAAGUCCAGUGAUUUAGUUGGUGGAGCAAAAUUUAACUUGCCUUUUUAAAUAUUAGAAGAACAUUUUUCAAAAUUAUCUAUUGUUGUCCAGGCUAAAUAUUUUAACAAUCUGCAACAUUUUCUGAAAUAUUUUGGGCAAUGAUAACAUGCUAUUCUCAAAAAGCAGAACUUUUUCUUAUCUAAGGCUUCAGCUAACAGUUUUAUAAAGCAUUUUAUUAUACACCAUAAAGAAAACAUACUGUUGACAUUUUUUAAAGUUCCUAACUUAAAUUACUUUUUUUUUUCCUCUUGAAUGACAUUGGAGAAAGGGACCCCCCAAAAAAAACCAUACCAAGAUAUACUCUAACAUCAUAAAGUUAUUAGAAUUUUUUCACCUCUAAUUUGUUUUACUAGAUUUGAGUCACAAAGUUAAAUUGCCAGAUUACACAGUUGCUUUCAAGUUUAAAUUCCUCAUCACCCAGCACCUACUUGCUGAAUCUGAAUUUAGUUAGGAAUUUCAAUUACAAAAAUGCCUUUUGGAAAAAAAUUCAGCUGGGAAAUGUGAUGAGGUAUUGUGCAUAUUAAUUUUUUAAUUUUAAUUCUGUUCGUGAUCAUCUAGGGUAACAGAACAUUUUGGAGGUGGGAGGAAAAAUUUCAUUUGGGGUUUUUUUUUUAAAUGCCAUGCCUCUAAUGAGCAGUACAAGUUGAUAUGUCUUAAAAUAAGAACUUAAUAAAGAAGGGAAAUCCCUUUUGUCUGUUGUAAGAAUUGUGUAUUGUUUAGAUUUAAACCCAAGUUAUCUUUUUCUUUAAGCUUGAAAUAUUAUCAUAACAUGCAGUUGAUAAAUAUCCUAAGGAAAGGAUGAAAUAUAAAACUAUUCUCAUCUGUUUUCUUUGUGCUAUUGAUGUCAAAUACUGCAGAAAUAAUAGUGAAGAUGCUCAGUAUGGGCAGAAAUUGCCUAUAGAUAUCUUCAGUAUUGAAAUUUUGAACGUGUAACACUCAAGUAAGGCCGCAUGUUCUUUUAAUCAUCCUUAAAAAUUUGAAGUCUUUCUGAUAGACUAAAUGAGGUUAAAAGCU